AACUUUAAUCCUUUACGAGACAUUUCCAUUCCGCAAGAUAAACAGAGCAGCCUGUACAGAAGAAUUGAAAACGUAAAGUUGAAUUUUAUUAAAAGUUAAUUUGAUGAAAUAUAUUCAGCGUGGGCGGUAGAAGCCCUUGCACCCAUUGCCCUUAUUUAUAGCGGUCAGUACGGAAAUGUAAAUUGAUUUUAUUGACACACGUAGAUAUAUAUUCUAUUUAUUACGAUUUACAUUGAAAAUAUUGAAGUAUGUUUUCUUUUUUCUUUUCAAGCAAAUUCACGACGCAAGCACAAAGGAAUGAAAGCAUUUUUUUCGCUGUUAAUUCACGUCAGCUGAAUAUUUAAUCGUGAAAAUUUCAUACCUCGUUGUAAAUAUUUAAGCACUACGAGAAAGAAGUAUAUACAGACUUAUUUUUCGUUUUAAAGUUCAAUACAUUGUCAAUUACCUUCGUAUUCACUAAAAUGUUUUUUUUUUACAUGUUGAUCUUACGUCUUAAUAUUAUUUCUUAAAAAGUUAGUACACUAUCAUUUUCAUACCAAAGUAUACCUCUUCUUCAGUGAACGAUCGUUGCAACUAAAUUCUAGAUAUUUGACAGGAGAAUAAAAGACACAAGAAUACAAAUAAUGUAAAAUAAUAAUAUGAUGAUAAAAUGAAUUCUCGUUUCUUUCGUUACAUUCGCAGAGACACGAGCUCAUGCAAACGUCCGCGAUUUAGCUAGAGUUCAAAGCAAGAUCAGAGCGAUGAUCGAAAAUAUUUCACUCUGAAUCUAUUGUUUCUUUUUUUUUUUUUCCUUCGCAGAAUGCCUAACGAAAACGCGCCAGUGUGCGGGUGCGGAGUUGUGGUGGAUCUGCCAAAAUCACGAAAUGGCGCGCUGUCCUCGAGGAAGCUGACGAUCCGAAUACCGAAGUCGAAGGGCGGCAAGUCGGACGGGCGGGCUGCCAAGAAACAACAAGACGACGCCCGUGGGAAGAGCAGAAGUUCCGAAACAGGAAGCUGCAGCUCGGUGACAGAACAAGCCAGGCCGGUUACGAAAAGUAGCAAACACGAGAAGCGAUUGAAUCACUCGAGGAGGACCCGAAGCGCAGACCGAGCCGAGUCGCACUACACUUAUAUAGAUUCUGGCUCGAGCAUACUCGGCGGCGGGAUUCGGGAGAACACUAUACCAGAGGCGCUGUACGCCACCAUCCCAGACACGCCGAACGCGAGCGCCAACGAAACCGGAAAUAGUCAAUUAAACGCGCAAAGUAGAUCGCAACCCGUUUACGCCAUUCCUUCUAUGGUGUCGCCGCCGCCCACCUAUGACGUGGCGAUUUCGAAAACGUGGCAGACCGGUUUGCCACCCACCUACGAGGAAUACCUGUGUCACAAGUACGCCAUGAUAUCGCGAUCGCACACGCCGCCUCCGCCGUGGUCAGACUCGACGACGACGACGACGACGACGACAACGACGCCGAACGUUCACGUGCGUCGCGAGCUGCUGGCCAGCCAGCCAGAGCUCAGGGAGUAUCUGGCGCAGUUGUCGCUUUCUCAGAACAACGAGAGGUCGAUCGGUCAUCACCACCAUCAUCAAGGGGCCGUUCUCAGAGACAGUAGCUACCUAUCGAACCAGCAGAUCUCGAGGGAGCAAGUGAGGACGCAACAACGCGCGCGAGCUAUGCCUCCCAGGUGA